AUGUCGGGCAUCCGCCCUUCGCUCGUCGACCUGCCCGGCGACAUCUUGAAAGAGAUUGUCGAGACCGUGGCGCGCCUCAGCGUCUCCAACCGGGGAGCAGACAACGAGAUCUGCUCGCUGUCGAUGGUCAACACGCUAUUCUAUGAACUUGCGAUUCCCCACAUAUUCCGAGUCAUUCGCAUCAGCCGACUGAGGCAUUUCAGCCUGGACGGUCGGUACACCGGAUUGCCUCCGGUCCCUCUCAAGUAUACCAUAUAUCUUGGCCUUGACUUCCCUCCCGACUAUUCCCUGAAGCUCGAACAUCUGAUGCUUUUCGCUUCUCCGAAAAGCUAUGCCUGCCGCUGGAUUGCCGCACAACUCCUCGCGACACUCCACGUUGCAAGGAAUGCCCAGGUCGUCAGCUUUCAAGUCCCUGAGGACAUUCUAUACUAUCUGGCGAGCCAUGCCGACGCGCUAGGCAAGAGGUUCAGCAGUGUCGUGGAACUUCACUACUACUGCCAUCUCCAGGAGACGAGUCUGAAUUCGGACAUCCCUAAGUUAUUCCCUAACCUUACGACGCUCGUCGGUUUUGGAAACGACACGCUCAGAGACAUCCGAAUGUGCUACGAGGUGAUCAUUCCUUUUCUCAGCGAAGUAUUCAACGAGCAUGAACAUCUCAAGCACCUUCAGCUCCACCAUGACUGGAAGACGGAUCUUCUGGCUAGGUUGGCGCGCAUCGGUCCCCGUCUGGAGACAAUCACCAUGUCGUGGACGCACUAUCUCUACUACAAUGAAUACCUUUGGAAUUGUAUCAACUCCAACGUCGAGGGUCUCCAGCGUGUUCUUGAGCAGAACAAGGGCAUCAAAAACAUCACCCUUCCCCGUUACAAUAACGAAGACAAUGCAGUCGAGUUCAGGAACAUCUUGGCGAUGAUUAGGGUCCAUUGUUCUCACAUUGAGAUGGUAGCAGUGGACAUGGACAUGGAUUACGAACUCUGGCGUCGUUCGAGCAACUUUCAAAUCGGGGAACUCGUCCCGAAAUUGAGGACCACGACAACUAGCUACCAGCGCAAAUCACAGGCCUGGAUGCGCUACCUGGAGCCUGUCAUGCCGCAUCAAAAGCUCGGAGUAACCAGUUACGGGGGUGUGAGUGUCAUCAGUAUCAACCCCAUCUUGGAGACGGAGGUUGUUGGCCGGGAUCCUUGGGCAAGCGAGUUGAACGUUGGCGCAAACGAGGACCAAUACUCUACAGCCUCUGACGAUUCCGAGGAUUAG